AUGGUAGGAACAACCAUGGACACAUUGGCAUCAACUAAUAUGAAAGCAGAAUCGUCAUAUUCGAAACCUAAAAGAAAGAGAAUACACAUUCCACAUAGUCAGCGUCCAACUGAAUUUGUUGCACAGAGGAAUGAACGCGAGAGAAGUCGCGUCCAUAGCGUCAAUGAAGCAUUUAUGGUCCUGAAGAAACACGUACCAUUGAAAGUAAAGGAUCCGUCUAAAAGAGUUUCAAAAGCAAAGAUACUCCUAGCGGCGCUAGACCACAUUCAUAACUUACUAGACUGUCUUGAAAAUGGAAAAUCACAAGAGAGCUGCAUAACUACGCAUAGUAGCCUGCAGAACCACCAGCCGGGGAAGAAAUCUCGGACACAAAUAAAGAAGCGCCAAGUAAAGAAACACACUGCAUCUAAUACAAUCACAAAUACUAAAACGGCCGAAUCAUAUUUCGAAUGCAUUCCUGAAGUUAAGGAAAAUCAGUUUCAUAAAAGCACAGAUAGACUGUUGUACAACGAUAACUCACAGUUCCAUUCUCAAAUGCAACUCGCUCAAUAUGAACAAUAUUCGCCAAAUAUGUACAACCAAUAUCGUUCAGAGUUCCAAACCACGCAACAACAAUUCACCACUUCGCCAAAUUCUGCUUACGGACAAUAUGAAGCAUCAUCCCAGUUUGACAAUGAGCGACAUUUUAGCCAAAUGGAGCCUGCAGUCCAAGAAUACAUGGGCCAUUCAUCACUCUCUGAAUCGUGGAUGCCAGCGAACACAGCAGUGCCGGAACAAAAUGCAACUGAGUACUACCCAAAUACCGUUCAGACGAUUUUCCGAAACCCUGAAAGUAGAACACCUUAUCAAUAUCAAAUGACAGAAUCUUGGCUACACGACCUUCCGCUGAGUCCCAAUGAUUCCGGAUUCGGAGACGACAAAUCAACAUCGGGCGUUUCUGAUAUGUCAUUUCCUCUGACGGAUGACGAUCUCUCUGAAAAUACAUUGAACAAUUUAAUACCUCAUCCAGAGACUAAAUACUAGACUGCACAAAGGACCGUCCAUCCAAAUAGUCUCAACUCGUUGAAUCAAAGUUACUAACAUUUUUAUGAUGCUUAUGCAUCAUGAGCUUUGAACUGUGAAAUAGAUAACGCAUAGUCAAUGCUUGAACGGUGAAAUAUAUACUAGUCAUCAAAUUAGAUGCUGUGGUAGUGUUGUAAUAGAAUGGAUGCUAUGCUAUAUGUAACUAUUUUUCAUAAUAUUGCAUGUAUUUAUUGGUCAAAAAUGUACAUAUUUGU